AUGGCGCUGGAGCUACAGCCGCCCGACGGUCGCAAACGGGUCAAAGUCUACGAGCUGAGGGAAAAUGACUGGUUUGAUCGUGGCACUGGCUUCUGCACCGGUCACAUCUCUGGGGAUGUACCGCGAAUAUACGUCGAAUCCGAAGAUGAACCGAAUCGCGUCCUCCUCGAGACCAAAAUCACCAAGGACGAUGGCUAUCAAAAACAGCAAGAGACGUUAAUCGUCUGGACUGAACAAAGCGGCACGGACAUGGCGCUGAGUUUUCAAGAGGCCGAGGGUUGCGCAGUGAUCUGGGAAUUCGUCAAUUCCGUACAGCAACAUUUACUCAGCUUAGCUGCCGCAGACGAUGCACUCUCCGAUGACCUCGAAAGCUACCAAUCCAUCGUUCUACCCGCCCCGGAGCUCGGCAACCUCUCCGAUAUCGAACAGAUUGUCCGAGCCGCCAGCAUGACGCAAGCCGGCCGCGAUGCGCUCUCGAAAUUCAUUAUCCGCGAUGAGUACAUUGGCAAACUGGUGCCUCUGGUGACGAUGGCUGAAGACCUGGAGAGCUUGGUGGAUCUGCAUCGCCUCUGCAACAUCAUGAAAUCCCUAAUCUUGCUGAACGAUAACACCAUCAUCGAGACCGUGGUUGCCGAUCAGAUUAUCCUGGGUGUGGUCGGGGCUCUGGAAUAUGACCCCGAAUUCCCAACACACAAGGCGAACCACCGGCAAUACCUCUCAGAUCAAUCCCGUUACAAAGAAGUCGUGCCGAUCAAGGAUCCUCUGAUUCGUAGAAAGAUCCGGAGUACCUGGCGAUUACAGUACCUCAAAGAUGUGGUCCUGGCACGAAUUCUCGACGAUCCGACCUUCUCCGUGCUUAACUCCCUAAUCUUCUUUAACCAGAUGGAAAUCGUUAACCACAUUCAAUCAAACGCCCCCUUCCUCCGAGAGCUAUUUUCUGUCUUCGAUCCGAGAUACACCGACAUCAAGCGUAAGGACGAUGCAGUCCAAUUCCUACACCAAUGCGCUGCGAUCGCAAAGAAUCUGCAGGCCCCGUCGCGGGCCCAGCUAUUUGCCAAUUUUAUCAGCCAUGGCCUGUUCGCAGUGAUUGCCUUUGCUGUGAAACACCCGAACCCCGCGAUGCGAACGACGGGUAUUGAUAUCUUGGUGGCAUUGCUCGAUCAUGAUCCAGUAAUGAUGCGUGGAUACAUGCUCAAGGCUGUCAAUGAGAAGAAGACACCCCUCACCGACACAUUGAUCGAUCUUCUCCACGCAGAGACCGAUUUGGGUGUCAAAAACCAACUUGCUGAUGCAAUCAAGAUUCUGCUCGACCCUCAGAUACCCCUGCAGGAACCGAUUGCUCGGGCUGGCCCCGAUUAUUUCAAAGUCCGUUCAUCCAACCUUCUCUCCGACGCUUUUGUCCAGCAACAUUUCGACGAAUCUUCUAAGCGGCUGUUCCAACCGCUCAAGCAGAUUGCUAACCGCGCUUCCCUUAAUGACUUGACGUUCCAAGAAGUCACGCUCUAUUCGCAUCUUGUCGAUAUCCUCACAUUUUUCGUCCGUCAGCACCUCUUCCGCACACGCAAUGCGAUUCAUAGCGAAUCGCUUGCUCCUCGAGUGGCCCAGCUUCUCACAGCCCCUCAAAAACAUUUGAAGCUGGUUGCCCUCAAGUUCUUCCGCACAUUGAUCAGCCUUCAAGAUACCUUCUACCAAGCCUUAAUGACGCAUAACAAUACCUUCGGCCUCAUCCUGGACAUAGUUUACGAGACCAUGCCUCGCGACAACCUCCUCAACUCUGCCUGUCUCGAACUUUUCGAGUUUAUCAAGCGGGAAAAUAUCAAACCGUUCAUUCUUCAUGUGGUGGAGAAGUACCGUGAGAAACUCGAAAAUAUCACCUACGUCGACACUUUCCAAAACCUGAUCCUGCGCUACGACCAGAUGCAGGGCUACGGCGCGGAGGCCGACUCGACGUUGUUCAGCCAGGAUGACGGUACGCCACGACGAUUGCCCUUGAACGGCCAGCGUUGGCAGGGUGUGAAGGAGUUGGACGCUGCUGAAGAGGAAUACUUCAACACGUCCGAUGACGAGGACGAGUGGACGCAGGAGAAUCGUACUACCCUGGCCGUUGGGGUGGCUAAUGGAUCCGCUUCUCCAGUGGUCAAGCCGCUGGUUGAUUAUCCUGAUGAUGACGAUGACGAUGCCAUGGAUACCAAACCAGAAGAGCUUGCAGAUCAGUCUGCAGAAGCUCAGCCAUUGACUGUCGGAGAUAUCCAGGUUGAGCCUUCUCCGGAACCGACAACCUCUGAGCCUUCAUCACCCACGGCUCAGACACCACCCGUUCCCGAGCGGCUUUCUGAGAAGCGCCGACGCGAGGAAGAGGACGAAGACGAAUUGGUUAAGCUUGCUGCAGGGCCCAAGCGCAGAAGCUCGACGAGCAGCAAUUCCGGUGCUGGUUUCCUAAACCGAAAGAAGACACUUUCUAUUGGAUCAAUAGGCUCUGUUGAAAAGGGUGGUACCCAAGGCGUGCUAGGCACUGUCACCAGCAGUGCACCGCCUAAGCGAAUUGCCAUCAACAUUGGUCCGGUGAAAUCUUCGGUCUCAGACAAUGCCACCUGCGGGGAAACUGUCUCGAGCGAAAGCAACGAGAAGGAGAACCGAGACGACAGUCAGGCUGAAGAGAGUGGCUGA